AUGUUUAAUAUUGAAUUUGAUUAAGAUGUUGAAUUAAGAGCAGUUCAAAAUGAAGAUUUCGAAUAACAAUACCUUGAUCGUUGUCUGAGAGAGUAUAGAAAAGAGCCUAAUCUAACAAUCCCAUAGAUUAGUAGAACUUAAAGUUAGAAAACAAUAGAAGCUGAAUGUCUUCAUAAAAUAUCUGAGACACCAUUUGAUGAAAAUGUCAUUCUAACUUAAGCAUAAAAUUCUGCUCACUUUAGUAAUAAGUAUCUCCAAAAACAUGAAAAAAGAUUUAGUAUACCUAAUGCUGGAACAAGUCUAAUGUGCAGUUUUUAUAUUAGAAGAUUUAUUGAAAAGAUCUCUUAAAGCAGAAAAAAACUACUGAGUAUGAAUGAGAUUCAUUUUAAUCUUAUUGAAGAUAAGGCAGCUGAUAUGUAUAUUAUAUCAUUUAAGUAGGCAAAACCUAUUCAAUCAUUAGAGUGAAUGUAAACGAUAAGGAUAUACUCUUGGUAAAAUGAAAACUCUAUUGAGAAAAGAAUCAGUCAUCAAUGAUUUAAGUACUUAAGAGUAAAUAAAAGAAUAAAUAAGAAAAAUAAAGAAACAAAUUUUAAACUUGCUUACUGUAAUUAUUAAUAAGAUUCCAAUAAUUCAACCUGAAUCUCGUUUAAAAAUGAUAUGGGAUUUCUUUGCAUCAUUUUUUAGAAUCUUGUUAGUUAUUCUAAUACCUUUAGAAAUAGCAUUUUAACCUUGUAUUUUAUUUACAGAUUUUAUUGUUCUUACUGCUAUGAUUUUAUUAAUUUUAUAGAUAGAUUUCUUGAUUAGAAUAAAUACACUCUCUUAUAGAAAUGGAGCAGCUAUAUAAAAUAGAUGGGAAUUAUUAGUAUAUCAAUUUAAAAAGGAGUUCUUUACUGAUUUUUCAACAUCCUUUUUAUUAAUCAUAUUCAUAAUGAUACCAGAAAUAGAUAAUAAUUUAAAUUUAUUUUUAUUAUUAACUUUAGCAUAGUAUAAAUAUAUUCAUGAAACAUUUGCAAAAAGUGAUUAGAUAUCUUAUUUAACAAGACCGUUAAGAGGAAUAAUAGGUUUAGUUAAAUUUAUACUAACUCUAUUAUUUAUACUUCAUUUAUUUAGUUGUAUUUGGUUUUGGUUUAGUAAAAUAAGUCUUGAAGAUUCUUGGAUUAAAUUUAAUGGAUUAGAUCUUAAAUCUUGGGAAUUAUAAUAUUUAGAAGCAUUGUAUUUUGCUGUAGUGACAAUGCUUACUAUAGGAUAUGGUGAUAAUGUACCAAAGAAUUCAAUAGAGAAGAUUAUAACUAUCAUAUUUAUAUUGGGAGCAUGUAUUAUAAUGAUAUAAUUGUUUAGGUUUAUGGUUCUCAUAUAGUGUAAAUUUUAUAGGAGGCAUUAUCAAUGAUAUAACAUAAAAUUAGGUUGAGAGAAAUAGAAAGAUGAGAGUCAUAAAUAAGUACAUGGAUCAAAGAAAAAUUCCAUUUAAUUUGAAACAUAAGUAAGAUAAUUAAUUAUAUAAUAGAGUAAAAGAAUAUUUAACUUUUAGAUGGAAAGAAGAUGAUGAGGUAGAUUUAGAAAUAGAAUAAACUUUACUUGAAUAAUUAUCUGAUGAAUUGAAAGAAGAAUUAGAUAAGGAAGCUCACAAAAUCUUUAUCUAAAAAUCUGCUCUUCUUUAACAUUUCAGUGAUGAAUUAAAGGAUGCUUUAUCUAAAUCAAUUAAAAGGAAAAUCAUUCCACCUUAAAAUACAUUCUCAAUUGACUUUGAUGAUCAUCAACAUUUGUGUUUUGUAGAAUAAGGAGUACUACUUUAUCAACAUCUUGAUAGAAAGUAAAGAUCUAAAAUGAAUGCUCCUAUAAAAUAAGGAUAGUUUUUCUGUGUAUAGGAUUUUAUUAUUUAGAGUCAUUAAAAAGAUUAUUUUAAAUCAAAUGGUUAUGUUAGUUUAUUGAUAUUAUCUAAAUUAGAUUUUAUGACAACUAUUAAAAAUUAUCCUGAAGAUUUCUAAAAGUUUUAUGAAAUGAGGGAACUUAUGACAUUAAGUCUGAAACCACCAUAAUUAGAAAAUGGAGUAUUUUGUCCUGCAUGUCUAUGUUUCAAUCAUUCUUUAGCAAAAUGUCCAUAAAUUUAAUAUAUUCCAGAUAGAGAAGCAAUAUUAAAAAGAUAUUUAUUACCUAGAAUUCAAGAAAGAAAAUAAUAUAAUAGAGAUCUCACAAAAAGAUUUAAUAGUGAUCAAGUAAUCAGUAGAUCAAGAUUAGAGAAAGAUAUAAUAUAACAAUUUGCUUAAGUUUUUUAAUCAGAAAAUCACUAAUUAAUUUAGGAAUAAUAAAAAGUCUAAUUAAUUUAUGAAUAAGAAUCUCUUAGUUCAUGUGUAGAUCCUAGUCCUUGUAAUAAGUUUUAAAAUGAUGGUGGAUUUUAAGCAGCUGUCUUAAAAUCUAAAAGACUUAUUAGUGAGACUUCAAUUUAGUUAUCUUCUAAUGCUAAAUUGUAGGAUACUAAAUCAAGUCUUCAUCAAGCAUUAUAAAGUAGAAAAUAAUCUAUUAUUAAUUUAAAUAUACCUUCUAAUAUUGGUAAAAGUCCAAGGAAUCUUUUAAUACCUAAAGUUGCCAUUAUUAAAGAAAAUGAAGAAAAUGAGGAAAGUAGUAAUUGUGAUAGUGAUGAUAGUAAAAGUAAUAGAAAUCAAGAAAUAAAAUAUUAACUUAGUAUUUCUGAUUUUAAUGAAAAUAUGAUGGAAAAUGUAAUUAAUUUAUAUCAUUAAUUAUAAAGAGAAUUAGAAUCAAAUGAAAAUGAUUAACUUAUUUAGAAAGCUUAUUAUUAAAUAGAACCUAUUUAUUGGUCAUUUCAUUAAUAAAACUUAUCUGAAUUUGAAAUGAUGACAACAUACGAUUAUUUCUUUAAAAGUUAUAAUUAUAAUGAAAUUAUUCGAUUGGCUUAAAAAAACACUUUUUCAUGGCAAUCUUAAUUUAUCAAUAAAUUAUAAAGAUAUAUGCUUUAUCCAUUUCUCUUCAUCUAAAAAUACAUGAGCAAAAAGAGAAAUUUAAAUAAUACUGAAAAGAUAAAAAGGGAUCCUUCGAAAAGAUUAAUUAGUCGUUUAAAUACCUUAAAAAAUAGUCUUAAAUUAAAAAAAAAAUAAUCAAUUAUAAUUAAACCAACCUAAAAAUUUGGAUAAGUAGCUCCAGAACUUUGA